CCAAUUCAGUCACAAAACUACGGUCGUUGUGAUCGUUCACUGUUUAAAAAACACAACUAUAGAUCGCCGGUAGAAAUAUCUCGUUGUUGUUGUUUCCCUGCAAAACAAUCGUGUAAUAAAAAUGGUAAAUUUCUGCACACCCUGUUUUUGAGAUAUUCGCAUCGGUGAUUAACUAUCACUAUAUUUUUGCCAAUUUUGUUAAUGUUCUUUGGCCUUAAUCGCGAGUGUCAAGAGAAUUUCCAAAUGUAAGGAACACCGGCUCAAACCGCCUUUUUUGGGCUUUGGCGUUGCGAAUACGAAAAUAGUUCGCGAAAACGCAGCAGGCGACGCGUCUUUUUGGCUCUCGAAAAGGGCAGGCUGGAAAACUCGAAAACUGGAGCCAAUAAAAGAUACAUACAAGAAAAAUAAGCGAGUGCGCGAAUUCGACUGCGUGUGCGCUGCGAAUGUGUUUGUGCGGAACCAAAAAAAAAAAAAACAAACAAACAAAACUAGUGUGAAGAAUAAUUUGCGCUGUUUAAACAAUUAGCCGCAAAACAAACGCCGGAGUGAUUGUAUCUGUGUGUGUGCAUCUGCAUCUGUAUCUGUAUCCCUGGAAUGCGCAGUCGCGCAUGCGCAAAUAUUUGUGAUUUGUUUUGAAAGGAAAGAAGGAGCAACAGAGAAGGAGCGAUCGAGAGAGGGAGAGAGAUCCAAAGAGAGGGAUCAGAUUGGAAUAAAAAACACAUCUCCUGGCAUUCGCAAAAGUGACUUGACAAUAUGACUCCGAGGUCGUAGACUCCGGAAAAAGAAGGAGAGGGGCGGCAGAUAAACACCGAAACGACACAAGGCGAACAAGGAACCAACCGAAAAUGUCCGGCAAUCAACAACAGCAGCAGCAGCAACUACAACAACCGCAGAAGUCAUUAACUAACAACGCGACAGCAACAACCACAAACGGAGCAACCACUUUGGGCCAUAAUUUGAUAAAAAUAAAUAGCGUUGACAAAAUAAUAGGCAAAACCCAGGCUGCGACGCAGGCAAUUAACAAAUUACAACAGCAGCAACAGCAACAACAACAACAGAUCCACCAACGACGCUCUUUAUUACCAGCAACAGGAGUAGCAGCCGCAGCAGCAGCAACAACAACAAAUCUCCACCAGCAACACUCAUCGCAGCAACAAAGCGGAACGCCAACGCCAGCGGCUCUGUCGCCAGCCCAAAAGCAGCAGCAGCAACCACAUCAAUUGCAGACGGUGGCCACGAUACACCAGCCGCACUCCACGCAGCAGCAGGCAUUGACUUCCCGCCUGCCCAUCCAGCAGCAAUCCGCUAAAGAAUUGCCCAAUCUAGCUGCCCAGCAGCCGGCGCAGCAACGUCGCAGCUUCCACUACCAGUUGCAACAUCAUCAUCAGCAGCAGCAGCAACAUCAGCAGCAAUCUCUGCGCAGCCCGCAGCUAAAGGCACCAGCUCCCGCCCACUCCAUCCCGCCGAGAUACCAGCCACCCCCCCAGCCAGCCACCGGUAUCUUGAAGCCCCACCUGCCCCUCAAGUAUCCGCCGGAUAUCCCCCAGUUAUCCAGCAUCUACAUACCCGAAUCCAUCAAGCAACAGCAGCAGUCACGCUAUUUGCCACACCAGCCGGCAGCGAAGGAUAUGCUGAAGUUUGUGCGCAAGCCGGACCAGGAGCACCCAUCGCCCAAUGCCUCGGUCACGUCCAGCGGCACGGGAAUACCCUCGACCAAUGGCGGCGGACGCCUGACCGCCGAGCAGAACCGCCAGCUGCAAUCGCUGGUUAAUGAGUUGCGGGCCCUGAAGGAGCAGAAUCAGCGACUGCUGGACGACAACCAGGAGUUGCGGGAUCUGUGCUGCUUCCUGGACGACGACCGGCAAAAGGGACGCAAAUUGGCCAGGGAGUGGCAGCGAUUUGGGCGAUACACGGCCAGCGUGAUGCGCCAGGAAGUGGCCGCCUACCAGAACAAACUACGUCAACUGGAUGAUAAGCAACAGGAGCUCAUCACCGACAAUCUGGAGCUGAAGGAGCUCUGCCUGUACUUGGACGAGGAGCGUGCCCAUGUGGCGGCCAAUGCGCUGUGCGCCGGAUGCGGGGCGGCCACCAGGAAUGCCCUGCGAGAUGAUGGGGAUGGCUCCAGUUCGAGCACGAACGCGGAUGAGACCAUCACCGCGUUGAGGAACUAUGCAGAGCAGCGGCAGCUACCCCAGGAUCUACGUCAUGCCCACACGCUGAACGACCAGACGCUUCAGUAUGUGCGCUCGCUGGAGCGGCGCAUCCAGCAGCUGGAGGAGGAGCGCUCCACGCCCACGGCCCACCUACAGCAGCAGACGACGCCCACGCCGCAGGCUACGCCCACGCCACAGGUCACAUCCGCAACAACACCAGCCAAAUCAGCGCCAUCGCCCCACCAGCAACAUCAACAGCAGCAGCAGCAGCAGCAGCAGACCCAGCAGCAACAGCAGGACAUUGUGGCCGCUGCAGCGGCGGCAGCGGCGGCUAUCCAACUGCCGGAACCGAUUGCCGGACGCCCGGAGGCGGUGGUCCGUGCCCUCCAGGUGCUAGAGGUGCGGGAGCAACUGGAGCGCGAUCGCCUGGGCAAUCUGGCUGGGAGCGCUCUCGAUCAAAUGGACGACGGCGAAAAGGCGCUGGUGCGCGAGAUGUGUAACGUGGUCUGGCGCAAGCUGGAGGGCAGUCCACAUGGACCACCUGCCCUGGAGCCGCUCUAAGCCGGCAGAGAGACCCAGACCCAGACCCACAGGCGGAUACAACCUAAACCGGGCUAACACUUAGACUCUAAUGUUUAAUGCUAACUUAUGCCGUAAUAUUUAACCCUAAACAUUGUACAAAGUUCAAACCACAACCUAAGCUUAAGCUACCGCAAAAAGCGAAAGAAUACUCAAAAAUAUUUGGGAUACUCCAGCAACUGAUUUAAGAUAAAGAACAAUAAAUUGCAAUCAAUGUUAAAUAUUUAACCAUAGCUCAUCAUGUAACAUAACAUUUGCACAUCUAUUUAAAUGCAACUUUUAUUUUACACCUUUGGUAUUUUACCAAUUAAGCAGACAUAUUUAUAUUGUACGAUUCAGCUUCAAAAUCGAGCUUUAACUGGUCUUAAAGCUUGACGGUUUGGAUGCGAAUCAAGAUGACCUGCUCAGCCCGAUGACUCCACAAAAUCAAAUAAUCAACACAAUUGUUGUUUAUCUUCGAUUUGGACCAACUUUCUUGGGAUCACUCUUUUUAAUUAGUUUGUAACUCUGCUGAUCAGUUGCUGGGGUAUACUUACAAUAAUUUUUUUACUUAUUAUAAACUUUGACUGUUAUUUUUGAAUGCCAAGAGAAAAACUACUUUCACGAAAAAUUUGCUAACUCGAAAUACAAUGCAACAAAUAUUUCCAUACUUA